CUCAUGGCGGCGGCACGCCCCGAGGGGCGCCGGGGAAAGCAGCGGGGCGAGCGCGGCUCGGCUUCCGCUCCCUCUUCAGCUUGCCCCAGCCGCCAUUUGCAGCCUCUCGGCGGGAAUGGCCGCCCCACCGGAGCCUUUCCCGGGCCGCGGAGGAGCGUCCGAGGGGCAAAGCAGCUCCAGCGAGGGCCCGGGCGACCUCUUGCCCGCCGUGGGGGCAGGAGGCGGGCGGAGAGGCGGUGCCGCUUGGGUCGCCCGGGAGGAGCGAAACUGCGGAACCCGCGGGAGAAGGGAGGCGCGAGAGCCCUUGCUGGCUUCUCCACGCUGGAAGAAUCCAGUUCCCGCACUCAGGAGUUCAAUCCUCCCCGCUUUUUUCUUUGCAAACAUGGUGGGCAUCGUCCUUUUGCUUCGGUGCUAGUGGGGGAGCUUGCUUUCCCUCCACCCCGUGCAGGGUUUCCAGCGGGGCAGGACCAGGUCGCUCCUGUGAGAUGUGCUGGAUUACUCAUUCCAUUAUAUCCAGGAAGUUGGGCUCUUGGCCAUGCUGGGAAUUAUAGUCCAAACAUCUGGAGGAUAUCAGGUAGAGGAAGGCUACCUUUUGAAUUACAAAAUAGUACAAAGCAAUUGCAGAAUUUCCGGGGGAGGUAUGGUGAAUUGAAGAUGGCUCUGUGAGAGUGGAGUCGACAACCAUGGCAAAGACCAAGGAACCAGUGAGUAGACUGAUUCCUUGGAUCCUCUCUGGAUAAGCAGAGAACAGAAGAUUGCCCACAUGUGCUCUGGAUGGCUCCUCCUCACAAGGAGACCGCAGGACAGCAGUUUU